AUGAACGAAGACGAAACUGUUGGUGUGAAAGAUAAAUACGGCGAUUAUGAUCCGAACACUCAAAAUCCGAUAAAUCCUCACCCCGAAUACAACGGUGAUUAUCCAAAGAAAUCGGCAUCCACUGCAACGACCCAUAAAAUAAAACAAAUGCCUUCAUCAUCGAAGGCCAAAACUGCCUCACCAGCCAUUAAUCGGCCGCCAAAACCACCUGGCUACGCCCUCGGUCCCUAUUUACAAUUUCUAACGACCGAUGUGAAUCAAAUGUUAUGGUACGGUAGUGCUCUCAUCUUCCGGCACGUCUCGCUCAACGAUGAAAGGCCAAAAAUCGAAUUUAUAUGUGAACCCAAAGUUGAUCACACAUGGGAGAUCUUGUUUGAUAAUAUAUUUGACAUGCGCGCUUAUCGCGUCAAUAUAAAAAUUGAACUGCGCAUUGGCGACAGUGACGAUAAAAUUCAGUGGAAAGUCGACUGGGGCGAUCAUACAACUGACGGUCUGUUUCAUAUUGCUCAACUGGAUCAACGGUGGCGUGGUGGUUUCUUUUCGUGUAACGGUUUCGAUGCGACAGUGCCCGAACAAGUGGUCAACGAUUUGACCUAUACGGAUGUAUGGAAUCAUUUAAUUUCAGUGCACGAAGAAAGUCCGUUGCAUCUGCUCGUUUGGGGUGGCGAUCAGAAUUACAUCGAUUUCAUAUUCGAAGAUUGUCCUUACCUCAAGGAGUGGGUCGACAUGGAAUGGAACAAGAAAUGGACAUGUGAUUUUCCUGAUGAGUUACGUGAACAAAUUGAACAGUAUCACUUCAAUAUGUAUACCGAAAAUUGGGAACGACCCGAAGUGAAACAUGCACUGGAGACGGUACCGAGUAUAAUGACGUGGGACGAUCACGAUAUUUUUGAUGGAGCCGGUUCGUAUCCGCCACUACUUCAUGACAGUCCAGUCAUGAUGGGUCUGUUUCGAUCGGCACAAAAAAUGCGACUUCUCUUUCAGCAUCAUACAACGGUCGAAAAAGCGCGUACCGAAAAACAUGGAAUGUUUGGUUAUAAUUCUUAUAAUUUUCUUGCUCGUUGCGGUCCGUAUUUGACUAUUUUGGGUACCGAUAGCCGCAGUGAACGUGAUACCGAAACAGUUAUAGACGAGAGAAGUUGGGAAAUGAUAUUCGACAGACUCAAUAAAAUCGAUCCAAUCGUUCAACAUUUAAUUGUCAUAUUCGCCGUUCCAUUCUCAUUCGUCCGAUUCCGUCUCGCCGAGUCGUUAUUUGUUCGAUUGAAAAACGCAACAAAUAAAUGUCGAACAUUGCCCGUUGUUAAACGAACAAACUCUAUUUUUGGUCUGCCUGAACUGUACGAUGAUUUGCUCGACGAGUGGAUACAUGAUGCGCACAUCCGAGAAAGAGAUCGAGGACUCCUGAGAUUUCAACAGUUGUCGAAUGAAAAACGAUUGAGAAUCACGUUUUUUAGUGGCGAUGUUCACACGUGUGGGAUCGCCAGAUUUCGAACACGACAACACAGAAGAGUAAUUCAACCAGAAAAUGACGCUAAAUUGAUGUAUCAAGUGAUAUCGUCUGCUAUUGUCAAUAUUCCACCGUCGAGAAUGAGUUUGCAUAUAGCACAUUACUUCAAAACAAAAUGGCAUCCGGAUGGUGUUGAAGAUACCGAAGAAGAAUUGAUAGAUUUUUUUGAGCGAAUGCCAGAGACGGGACGAAAACUUAUGCAUAAAAAAUUAUUGCCAAACAGAAAUUGGUGCUAUUUUGAACAGACAUCUUCUAGCACGCCAACUGUCGUUCAAAAACUCGGCGGUUUUUUUCAUCGUCACUUUUGGAAAAAUGACGUUUUACCAACAACGUUGGGACCGACGUCGACUGCUAGAGGUCAGGGAAGUGCCGAUCCACCUGUUCAUAUUCACACAGAAAGACGUUUUUGUCGACAACAGACAGAACAGUCUCGAGAAAGACCUGCGAACGAGUUAACGAUAAGAUUGUGGAUAGAAUCGAGUGAAAAGCACAAAGAAGGACGACAGUUUGUGAGUUAUGAAUUAAUGAUUCCAAAUUUAUUAUAG